GCGGCCAAAGCAAAACAAACUGUCAAAAACACCCCGCCGACACCGACCGCACUAGCAAGGAUAACGAGAGGAAACGACAUCGACAUCGCACAGUCCAAAGGAAAACCUUCGAUGACAUCAGCGGAUGCGAGCGGAUCGUGACAGGAUAUUCUCGCUCGUGGAAAGGACUUUCAGUCACACUCGGCAACGGAGAGCGAACGGCGGUGAUGUUGUAAGUGGGUAAUCGUCAUCCAGUCAGUUCGGUAGUGUGGUGAAGGAUUAUUGUGCACAGUGCGGAGGAGCUACAAAUUUUCGAGUGCGUGUCGAGGAGAAGAAAAUUCCCAAAUUUUCCAUCCUGCUGGCCCCGUCCGCGACCGAAACUAGUUGGUGAUGAGAGUUCCGAAGGUGGACCGACCGUUGCCGUAUUGCGAUAGCCGCGUUCGAAUGGCCAACAGCACGAAAAACUGCCAGGAAUCGAGGGUUCCCUUGGGCCAGACGAAUUUUGCUCGAUGCUAGUGGAAUCAUUUUUGCAGCAGGAUUUCCACCAGCAGCAGUAGCAGUGGAGAGAGCGAGAGCGAGAUUGAAGAAGAUUCGAACGAGGUGCUGGAAAACGACGGAGAGCCGUGGGAGAUCGCGAGAGAAACGUCCACCAACAGGACACGAACGAGAGGAGCAAAACCCGAAUGCAUCGUGAAUAAAUAAUUUGACAGAUUCCGCGGAACCCAAAAUAGACGACAGGAAACGCAAAGUAGGCAGAUAAAUAGCUAGUCCUUUUACGCUUUUCGAAUCCCGGAACUGCUAGCCACUAAGUAAAUAGUAGCACAUUAGUUUUAAAUCGAAAAUCCAAUCGAGGGUCCAGCCAUCACGCAGUGUAGCAAGCAAUGAUCGAUGAAAUCGUGGAUCGAAUCGUCCAGUUCUUCUCCACCGGACUGGUGGAGAAAAUCGUCAAAGCAUUCCUGGUCCUGUGCGACCGGUUCGUGAGCUUUAUCCUGUCCCUGUGCGAGGGAAACAACUACAAGAAGAAGGAUGAAACGGUGGACGUUCUGUACAGUAGCGGGAACUUCCUGGUCAUCAACAAGAAACACGAUUUGCUCAUCAAUUCCAACGACACGAAAAAGAAAACGGUCCAAACCAUCAUGCGGAAGCAAUUCCCGGAGUACGUGCAGGACAACCUGACGCAUGAUUUUUACUUUGCCCACCGGUUGGACUUCGCCACCAGUGGGAUCCUGUGCAUUCCGCUGAACAAGAACGCCUGCAAGGAGGUCUGCCAGGUGUUCGAGGAGCAACGGGCGCGAAAGUACUACCUGGCGCUGCUGCGGGGCCACACGGACUUCGACGAGGAAGUGAUCGACAUUGCGAUCGGCGAGGACAUCCGGUUCAAGGACACCAGCAAGAAAAUGUGCACCAUCCUGGAGGAUGAACUGUGCCAAAAUCCCCGCCGCAGCAUCACCAAAGUGCUGGUGCUGGAUCGAGGCUACUACAAUGGGAAGCCGGUCACCAAAGUGCUCUUGCGACCAAUCACCGGCCGGCGUCAUCAGCUCCGGUUACACUGUUCCCAGAUCGGGCACGUGAUCGUCGGCGACUACACGUACAGUUUGAAGAUCGACACGUCGCCGCCGCGUAUGUUUCUCCAUGCCUUCCGCUUAGUGCUGCCCAAUUCGUUCGAGAACAUCGACAUCCAAACGGAGGAUCCCUUCACGGAGAAGGCCCUCAAGUACAAGUGGAAGGUGGUCGAGCAGGUGAACGCCGUUGGGAACGCGUUCGAUCUGAUAGAUUCUUUUUAACAUUUGUGGGAACCAUGUAGUUAUCAACUGCGUAGGACUCGCACGUUUACGUUUCGGCUGGAGCAGUUUCGGCGGCGGUUAAAUGUAAAUAUUCGAUCGAUUUCGCGAAUUUACUCGCUUUAGGUUCUAGCGUCGUCCUCUUCUCGCUGCUCGCCAAGGAGCAGAAGCCUAGUGCGGUUCGGCGGUGUGCACUCGGACGACGACGAAAGGCAUCGACGACAAUCCCUGGGUUCCCCGGUCGGAGGAAAAGGUGGGACGAGCCCGGGAGGGAGGGGACGGCACGGUUAGAUUUUUCCAGAAUCCGCGGAAUUCUUUACUCUAGUAACAAAACCAUUUAGACGUAUUAUGUAAAUUAUUAUGACGAAAGACCUUCGAACGUUAUGGCAGCGCGCGUGCCCCAAAACGGAACACAAUUCCAAUCCAGAUAGCCAUUUUUUAAAGGUAGUUACGGUGACGGAAGCGUACAAUAAGGUCGAACAUAAGUGAUAGAGCGUAGCACAGCGAAAGAGACAUCUCGCUCGAGUAGGACCGGUCGUUGAGGAUGAAGAGACAGACGUGUUCAGCCACAUUCACACUAUUGAGAAUCUAAAAUCUAUAGUUACACAUUUGAUCUUAUAAUUAGUUGAAGUUUAGGAGUAUUUACUUAUCGAGAAUUACUACAAAAGUCCUCUAGAUUACAGGAGAGGGUGCAAACACGUUGGCGAACCGAGAGAUGAACUAGAUAGUGUUUUGAUUUUCAUUUUAAAUGCUGCUGGUGCGUAGGCCAUUUUGGUAUUUGUUUAGUUGAUUAAAGUGAGGGUUAUUCACGACGCAUUCAACUAUGACGACACACAACAUUAGCCGAAGUAAUCAGAGCUUGGUAAAUCAUGCUUAGUUUUGCGUUUUUAUUUUAGGAAAACGAUUAUUAAGUUACCACAUCUUGCAACUUCGUGGAGAGACUUAAUGAAACAUUAAUGCUGUACAAUAGAUGAAUAAACCGCUCUUAAGCCUGAUUUUGAAAUGUUUGGCUGAAUAAACUGUUGUUCAGCUAUCAUUGUUAGUUGGGUCGCUAGCUUUCUUAAACAGUUGGAUACGGAUAAAUAGUGGAGAAUAUGGUUUGAAGAGGCAAUUCUUUUGGGAAGUCUUUCGACAUGACUAGGAGAGCAUCCGGACAACCUAGCUGAUUCUGAAAGAUGAUGAACUUCGAUGCCUAUCACCAGGAAACUACAGGAGAUCGAUGCUGUCGUUGAUGAAUUUGCGUUCAAGGUAGAAGCAAAGAAGAACACCUGCCAUUUUGCGGAAUAAAAGGGCAUAAGUCGUGUUAAACUCACGUUCUACACUUUAAAAUGGCAGCCACAAGUGCGGAAGAACUACUUAAUGAACGGAUGAAAGGGUAGAUUGAGUUCAAACGUUUCAACUAGAUUUUCGUUGUUGGUAGAAAUGCGUGUUGGUCGCUCGGUGUCUAGAAUCCAAAAAGGCCCGACAGUAAUUGGACCAAGUGUCGGUGUUCAUGUGUCCUACAGUUCACAUUCUGACGCGCAUUUAGCUGCGAUCUUCAUCGAUCCACGACUACGAGCCGAGACUGUUUAGUCGGUCUAUUCGAUGACGUUUUGUUGGAAAUAAAAACAAGCGAGGCGCAGUGCCUCUCCUUUAUGCAAUCUAGGUAUAACACAUUUACAAUUUAUUUCCAUUUAUCUACCAGUUGAUAUCUACCACACUCCUCCUCAUCACACACUCAGAUCCGACGCGUCCCUAGCUUCACCUGGCCACCGAACUCCUCCAGCCUACUGAGCUCCUCCUUUGCAACCUAGCUACCAGACUCCUCCUGGCUUCAAGCAGGUUCUGCUACCAGGCUCCUGGCUCCAACCAACGUCUGCUACUAAAGAGACUAUCAAGCUCCUCCUGGCUCAAUGCGUCUUCCGCCCCGAGUAGCUUCUGCCAUCCAGCUCCAGCGUCCUCGAUCAGCCAGCACCCUCUGCCUCUUGAUUCCAGCGCAGGUCCCACACGGUUAUCAAUCCUCACCGAGUGUUGGUCCCCUCACCGCAUCUUGAUGUCUCAACGAAUAUUGGCAUCAGGCCUCAUCGCAUCUUGACACCUCAUCGGGUAUUGGCCUCCUCAUCGUAUCUUGGAUACCGCAUCUUGGUCUCCUCGCUUCUCGAACCACCACCCUAUUACUAUUAGGUCCCUGGGCCCAUAACCUGUUGGACUUAAAAAACACAGGCGAGGCUUUGUUCUUCAAUCUUAGGCACUGACUGAUAUCGCUACCAGUGCAGUGCCUCUCAUUUAUUCAAUCUAGGUAUUGCGCAUUUAGUUCACCACUGGACUGCGCACUCAGUGUUCAUAAGUGCGAAAACGUUAAUAAAAGUGCGCGAUUGCAUCAAAACCAGUUGAUGUCUUCGGCGCACUAUUUCUUUGAUUUAUGCUAAAUAAGUGCUCUGAACACACCGAGUUGAUUUGCAGCAAACGCGCACUUUUAUUUACGUUUUCGCACUCUUGAAAACUCGUGCGAUAGUCCAGUGGUAUAGCUCCAGUGGUAUAGUGGUAUAGCUCCUAUAAGGCAAUCUAGCGUUCAUCACCCUUCUCUCUCAAGCAGCCACAGAAGAUAGCAAUUUUGUGUUUAAUAUUUUCAUAGGGAAACGUUUCCGUAUGAAAACAAACCUAUCCUCCUCGGCAGCGAAACAGAGAAAGAUGAUCAAACGUCAGAUUGCCUUAUAGCUCUUCACUGAGCUGUGUGAUGCACCUCCAAGGAUGUACCUUUUUUGCUAUAAAAACAUUUGACAUUUGUUAUUACACGCAAAACCAUAUUAUUGGUAUUUUUUACCCGAAUUACAUUUAUAGCAAAAGCUCUUAAAGAAUAAUUAACUUGAUAAAUCAAGAUAUUUAUAUGAGGAAGAAAGAUUGCCGACAAAUCUGUGAACACCAAACUGAAGCACAAUCCGGGUAAUAGUAUGGCAAGACUCAUGACUAGCUGAAAGCGUUCGUUCUGGAUUCUGCUGAUCUAAAAAUAGCUGAAUGGUUCGUCGAUUCCGACGCGAUGUCGUCCAGUACCAGACCACACCAGAUUUGCGCUUGGUUGCGCCUUCUCGUUGUUGGAGAUCCAGGUCGUAUCAGCGGUUGCUGGAUUCGGAUCGGCAGUUUCUCCUUCGGCAGAGCAGUUUCCUCACCGCGUAUUCCCGCCGUUUAGCUUUGUGAUCGUAGCUUUUGUGUCCGUCAUAUUGUUUUUCACAAGCACUUCCGACCAAGGUUGGCAUUCCGCAUAGAAACUGUGCACAGUGCAGCCCAUUUCCAUGUUUAAACCGUUAACUUUUGCUCAGAAACUGAGGAUCAUGCCGUCCCUGCUCCCUACAAAGCUCGAAUCGAAAACAUGCUACAAAGAUCCACAAAACUCACGCACUUCCAGCGGUAACUGGGCCCAUAACCUAUUGGGCUUGAGUUUAUAGCGGAAUGAAAUGCUGAGUUUAACGAACAAAACUAAACUUUUGACCUUCAACGUUAUUUUAAAAUGAUUUUUACGUUAACUUUUAAAGUGAAUUCCAGCCGGAUCUGUCGUGGAUCGUUGUGGAUACCCCUAUUUAUCUUAUUGUUCCAAAAAUCAAAGUUUUUGGUAUACAUUCUCAACAUUUUGUAUUUAGUUUUAAUCGGUUUUCGCUUUCUUCAACAAUCACAUUUGUAAAUUCUGUUUUUUGUUUCAUGUGGGCUUUGCGUACUUUUUCUUUAGUUCUUAACAAUUUUCUAUUAAUUUCUUUAUCGGUACGAUUCGCCAAAUAAGUGGCAGUAUCACCAGCAUCAUCCGCUGAAAAAUGUCAAGUUACAGAUUGCCAACCACGUGCAGAUAAAUGCGUCGAGCAGCAUGAAACCCAUAGCACACGAUUUCCGUUUCCGCGACAUUUGGACGUCUUUUGCAAAGUGCUGAACGACCAUCCUAAGCCGUGUAACAAACUUCUCUUUGUAGACUAGAUAACCUAUAAAAGAAAAGAAAAACUAAUCAGCGCAAACGGACAAAGUUGUUCAAGAGCAAGAAUUGCAAAAUAUGUAUAUCGCCCAGCACUAAGUUUUUUUUUUUGUAGGAAAAUGGUCACACGAAAACAAGAAUACAGACAGCGUGUCUCGAGCCAAAAAAAAGAAUAUCAAUCCGAACGGAACAGAUUCAAGAUUAGAACACUAUUCUUUUCACUUGUAAAACUAUUCAGAAUGCUUAGGAAAAAUCGAUCGGAAGACAUACUUUGCGUUUAUAUUGAAUCGAACUUCUUAAAUUUCGGCGUUAUCCGUUUUGAAUUUUCCGUAGAUUGUAAAAUAUCUCAAUAGAGCAACAUUGAAUUAAAUGAGGAAACAAUAGAACUUUAUAUACAUUCAGAGAAGCGAAUGGUAGGGUUCGAACAGAAGCUAGUUGUUCAGUUCUCUAUAAUCCGUUACGUUGAAGUUGAGUUUAGAAUCUUUGAUUGCAAUCAGCUGCCGCCUGAGUAUGCUUAGAAGAAGCCGGCUUACGAGAUCAACCUGAACUGACUACGUUUAGCGGAAGCAAGCUUUUGAGAUCUUCUCGUCAACGUCAAUCUCCCGACAGCGACGUGAGGAUCGGUUCCGAGGAUUUACUAUAGAAUCACGUUCUAUUCAAUAUGGCCGAUGUAUGAAUUCUUUGCCACACUGCCAAUUUACGCUUCUUUUACGAGUCUCCUUAUGAACGCGCGACGACUUUGGAGCGAAUAGAUCAAAACAAAUCGAAAGGGACAACUCAGGAAGGUUUAGUUGAUGUUUUGGAAGGAUGCGGCAGCUGUAUCAAGUUAUUCCCCUUAGUUUGUUCAAUGGAUAACUGUUUCUCAAUUGCCUAGAAGUUUUGCCCUUUCUUAACUUACAAACAAUCACAAAAUACACACAAACACAUUCACACUAUUGUCAGUCGACGGAAAGCAUUCCAAGAGCUAUACGAAUGACCCAUUCGAGGGAUAUUGUUAAAAAAAAGCUUACAAAAACGAACAUAAAUACGAAAAUUCUUUCACAGAACAACCAACACAUACAUACAUUUGUUGAAUGGAACCAAUCUCUCUCUCUGCCUGACAAAAGAAAAAUAAAAGAUAAAAACGAAAAACAUUGCGCCCACUAAAAACAAAAUCAACAAACAAAGCAAACAAUAGUGGUAGUUUCGUCAAGGAAACCCCAACAAGUGUACGUAAUGCAGCGCAAAGAGUAAGUGAAAAGAACUGACACCUCCUUGUUUGAAAUAUCAAAACAUCAGAGAACCAGAGAGAAAGAAAACAAAAUACAAUAGGAAAUAAAAUAAUGCUUUUUUGAAGUCAUUGAAA